GGAUAUAUUUUUAUCAGUGCAUUUUUCUUUUGUGUCUCUGUUUCAACAACAUCAGUAGUCCAGUAUCAGUCAGGCUUUAGUAAUUAGAAGUAUCAGGUAAAAGCGGGCGCAUGAAAUAUACAAUAUUUUACUCACAAGUAUAAAGUUGCAUAAUACAGAAAAAGUAAAACACGAUAUUUUUCACAUCAGACCAUUAAACGUGUUUUAAUUUUAUGUCUUUCAGCCUUGAACACAGAAGCAGAGCGGCCCAUUCAUGUUCAGAGGAACCGGUGAAAAGGGAAUCCCAGGCCGUGGGUGGAGUUACAAGUUAUCCAUGCUCAUUUCAAGACUGCAAGAGCAAAGAGUUGUUGCCUGUAAUAUGUCCACAGUGUGAAAAACACUUCUGUUUGGCUCACCGUCAUCAAGAUGAUCACAAGUGUGAGAAGCUGGAGGUCCAAAAGCCUCGAAUGGCAGCCACUAAAGAGCUGGUGGAAAGGAUCGUUGCAUCAAAAGAUGGGUCUAAAAGUAAAGGACGCAGAGGAGCAAAGAACAGUGCAACUGCUGCGAAGGUAGCAUUAAUGAAACUUAAGCUGCAUGCUGCAGGAGACAAGGGGCUGCCGCAGACAGAAAGAACCUAUUUUCAGGUUUAUCUUCCUAAAGAAACCAAAGACUCCAGUAAACCCAUGUUCUUCUGCUCCAAAUGGAGUGUGGGAAAAGUUGUGGAUUACGCCGCCUCUCUCGCGAGCCUGAAGAACAGCAAUAAUGUGCUAACAGCUAAGGUAACAAAAGAGCAAAGGAGGAGACACUGAUAAUUUCAUCUGCACCUCCAGCCUGCUCUCUCGUUUCUUUACCUUUUCUAGUCUUUUUUUAUAUAUAACUUCCACCUCCUAACAUAAGAAAAUAAGUGUUUCCUCCAUGACUGUCUAUAUAGAUCAGCUUUGUUUGCACACAAUGACGUGCAGGUGUUACCAGCAACUCUGUUUACAGGAAGCCGGGUUAACCAGAGUUUUAUACUUUGCAUGACAAUGGGGUCACAGCUGUAAGCUUCAACGCCACGUUGCAGUACAUAAUGUCUGUUUACUUAAUUUUUUUCACACUUGUAGUUUAACCCUUUGAAACCUGAGCAUAUUGUGAGCAACUUAAC